ACUUAUUGUAAUUAAUUGGGAAAUUUAGUGAAUGGACAUCGAUUAAGAGAAAGAAUUUAACGAAGAAAAUAAUUAAAUAAUAGAGGAAGACAUCAAUUAAAUCUAGAAUGAAGUGCAAGAUAUCCAAUUCCAAUAAGUGACUGAUAAUUAAGAGAAUAAUAAAAAGGGUGAAAUAAGAAGAGUACCAGUUCCUCCUCAUAGAGUGACUCCUUUGAAAAAUAAUUGGGACAAAAUAUUGACAACCAUAGUGGAAAACAUGAAGUUGUAAAUAAGAAUGAAUACCAAAAAGAAGUGCGUAGAAAUCAAAACAUCUUAAUUUACAGAAGACAAGACUUCAUUGCAAAGAGGUGUAGACUUUUUGAAGGCAUUCAUGAUGGGAUUUGACAUCGAUGAUUCAGUGGCUCUGCUCAGAUUAGAUGAUUUGUAUGUAGAAUCAUUUGAAGUUAAAGAUGUUAAAACCUUACAUGGUGAUCAUUUGUCAAGAUGUAUUGGUCGUAUUUCAGGUGAAAAAGGAAAAACUAAAUUUGCAAUUGAGAAUGCAACAAGAACUAGAAUAGUUCUAGCGGAUUAAAGAAUACACAUUCUUGGAAGCUAUUCAAAUAUCAAAGCUGCCAGAGAUGCAAUCUGUGCUUUGAUUUUGGGAAGUCCUCCUGGAAAAGUCUAUUCAUAAUUGAAGUCUCUCUGUAGAAAAUAUGUGGAGAAAAGUUGAAAUUAUAUUCGUCUAUCAUAUUCAUUAUUAAUUCAAUUUUAAUAAAUAAACAUA